GGGAGCGAGCGCGAGACUCGGACGAUGCAGCGCAUGCGCAGUUCGCCUCGACCGGUCGGUCGGGCGUUCUCUCCCGCUCAGUGCGGCGCUUCCCGGCCGCCCGCUGUGACUUGAGUGAUUGGAGCGACCGGGCGAGGGGAGGGGGGGCUUGCUCUCCUCCCCCCCUGGGGCGGCCCAAGAUGGCGGAGACUUGCGGUGCCUCGACGCCGUCCCUGAAGGGGCUGCGGGAACAGAUGGUUGCUGCAGCCCAAGCAUUAGCUGAUGAAAGAAGAAACCAAAGUGGUGUUAGUCCUGUUCCAGUUCCAGCCUCAAUAACUAUAAAAACAGCAACAAAGCCAGUUAUAGAUGGCUCCCUCUUGAGAUCAGAAGAGAGGCAAAGACUAGCCAGGGAGCGUAGAGAAGAACAAGCAAAGCAGCAUGCUGCCAAAGAAUCACAAAUACUUGAAAAAGAGAAGAAAGCAAAGCUACAGUAUGAAAAGCAAAUGGAAGAGAAACAGAGAAAACUGAAAGAACAGAAGCUGAAAGAGCAACAAAGAAGAGCAGCAGUAGAGGAAAAAAGAAAACAAAAGAUCGAGGAAGAGAAGGAGCAUUAUGAAGCAGUGGUGCAUCGUACUUUGGAGCGGAACCAACGACUGGAAACCAGGCAGAAAAGAUGGUCUUGGAGCGGCUCUGUAACAGAUUCUGAUGGCAAGACAGAGCCACCACCUGCAGCUGAAGCCAACAAGCAUUCUACUUCUUCAGUAAACCUCAAGCAAGCAGAAAUCAGUAAACGACUCUCAUCUUCAGCAGCACUUCUUAAUGCUCCAAGCAAAAGCACCACUAAAAGAAGUGCUUCAUUGAACAGACUGAAUAACAAAGUUCCUCUGAAUUCUGAGCAGCCAGUGUCCAAAGGUUUACAAGUGGAUCAGAAAGGAGCAAUGGAAAAGAAGAGGAGCUCAUCCUUGAAUAGAAUGGGCAAUAAACUUCAGUCUUCUCCAGAUUUAGAAAAUGUGCAAAAGGAAGAAAAAGCAGCUCGUCGUUCCCAGUUCAUCCCUCUGGACAGUAACGUGAUCAGUCGCCUGCUCGCCCCCACCCAAGCUUCCUUAGCUAGGAGUAAAAGUGUCGCCACAUUAUCAGCUGAUGGCAAAGAUCCUUCAGAAUCUCCCCUCUGUCCUCGUUCAGCUUCCAACAGUUCCCCAGCUCAGGGUCCCAAAGCACCUGUACGCAGCCGCAGCAUUGACAGAUUGAAGACAAUAACCACCCCUUCAUCAGAUAAUAUUUCUCUGGAAUAUGUGCAGAAACCAGAAGUUGGGAAACAGUCUCUGUCUCCUGCUGGGAGGCGUGCACCUUCACCAUCUUUGUCUAGUUCUGGACGAUCUCCCUCUCCUGCUAAAUUGGGGAAACGCCCUCCAUCUCCAGCUGCAAUCAGACAAAAGAAUCGACCGCCUUCACCAAGCUUCUUAAGACAAAAACCACCAUCUCCUGUUACAGUCUCUAAACCAGCACCUAUUCAACGUCCAUCUCUCACUCCUAACGUCCUCAAUGUACCAAAAAAGAAAACAGAUGUAGACUGUAAACCAAAUGAGAAAAUGGAUGAAACUGCUGGGCAGGAGAAAGGGGCUUCUCUGCAAAUCUCAGAGAGAGAAAUUGCUGUAAAUUCUUUAAAGACCAAAGAAGAUGCUAGUAGCAAAAGUGCUUCAGGGACCACAACAGCUGAAGAAGCAGCAAGGCUCUUGGCAGAGAAAAGGCGUCUUGCAAGAGAGCAAAGAGAACGUGAAGUCCUGGAAAGAGCUCAGAAAGAAGAGGAGGAAAGGGUUAAAAAAGAAAAUGAAGCCAAGAGAGCACUUGAGGAGCAGGCACAGAGAGAAGACGAGCUCCGCCAACAAGAAGAACAAAGAAAGAUAGCAGAGGCGGAGCAGCAAAGACUGGCCGAGAAGGAGAGACUUCGGAGGGAGGAAGAGGAACAGGAGAAACUGGCUGAGCUUCAGCAGCAGCGAGAAGAAGCUGAAGCUAAAGCGCAAGAAGAAGCUUACAGGCACCAACAAGAGCGAGAGCGAAUUAUGCAGCAGAACAUGCAAGAGAGGCUGGAGAGAAGGAAGAGAAUUGAAGAAAUAAUGAAGAGGACUCGGAAGGCAGAACAGAAUGAAGCCAAAAAUGAAGAGAAAUCAAAUGAUGAGGAUGAAGAUGUUGAGGAGGAGGAGGAGGAGGAGGAGGAGGAUGACCUGGGCCUUGAAAAACAAGAUCAGCCUGAAAAGGCAAAGUAUGUGGACUCACCCCUGGAAGAUGCUCCUGAGAGUUUAUUACAAGAAGCUUCAAAAAUAGACCCAGAUGAUGUCUUUGUAAAUGGUGAUGAGCAGCUGGAAGUCAAAGAUGAGAAUUCUGAGCAUUUUACCCAGAUAAAAGAGACCAGUCCUCCAGCAAAAGAAGCAGUCAUUGAGAACUCUGGAAUUUUGCAUGUUAAUGAAGCCAAUCACCCGAUUGGAUUCCUGUCAAAUCUGAAUGGAAAAUCUCUUGCAUGGAAUUUUGAGGAGAUAAUUGAUCUUGGAGUGAUUCCCAAGACAACCAGGCAAAGUGCAGAUAGCAUCGCUGCUGAAAUAUCGAACCAGAACUUGAAAGAUGCUGCUACAGUACCUCCAAGUCCCAAGCUGGUUUUUGAGGAGGAGAGCACAAUGAAUCCCUUGACCAAACCAAUAGAGACUGCAUCAGAACUGUGAACACCAGAAUCCUAGAAGUCUCCUGGUUGCACUUCAGGAAUUCAGGGUUUUAUCAAGUCAUGAAGGCCUUGUUUUGAAAAAGCUGCUUUGCCCAACUCCAAGUUACUCGCACCCCUCCCCAAGGAGGCUACCCCGUCUAUCCUUGCACCUUGAAACCUCUUCAGGGAGAUUCUUGCCGUUGUUGUUUCUCCAGUUGCUUCCUUGGAUCUGUUUAACCAAGUUUACUUUUAUAAUGUAACUUGUUUUCCUUUUGAGGAAAUGUUCACUAAAUUGCCUAAGGGUCCUUAAUUUCCCUCUUAACAUGAGAUAUGGUGGCUUACUCUGGAGAUUUACUAACGAUUGAACAGACAUAGGACAAAAAGACCUAAUCCUAUUAUUAAAACCACGCUCGCUUUGUUACGUUACUGGUGUAACCUUGUCCACUUGUUACAGGGACACUAAGAAGGAUGCACAUGAAUAAUUGAGAUCAGUUCUUCCCUCUGUGUCAGAGAGACAACAGUUAUGAAAGAUUGUUUAAUAUAAAAAAAAAGCCUUUAUAAGUUCAGGAGUCUCUGUCAACACUUGAAACCAGUCACUAAAGACCUUAAGAAUUGUGAGUUUUGAUAAAACUGAGCAAAAAAUCCUGCUAGCCACAGAGGCAAAUCUGCUGCUCGUCCGUUGAAUAUUUAAGAUUGCGGAAGGCUACUCGUCGGCAGAAUUUCUAGGAUCAACUUCUCCAGUUCCUUCCCAGUGAUUCUGUGGCACAAUGGUUGUGAUAUAUCCUAGGGAAUGCCUCACACACUGCACAGCAUAUGCUGUCAGAGUGAGGCACGGUUAAACCUGGCUCUGCAGAGUGGGAGGAACCAAAGCCAUCUGCACCCUUUUGAUGGGCCCAGGGGAACCAGUUGAAUGAGCAUGUAAGCUUACUUCCCUUAACCCAUAUCUUUAAGUCACGUCAUCGUGGCAAAAGAGUGGCCUUUCCAUAAUACGUUUUGAUAGGUGAAGCUCCCUAUCUCUGUUUGAGCCAGCGCACACUUCUAAAAUCUGGAGGAGAAGCAAGUUGGGUUGACGCAGCCCCCAGUCCGCCAGGCUGUGCUGCUGUCAUGCAGCCUCUGGUCCUUUUGACAGGGCUCGUGUGGGUCUCUGUGCCAACCCCCGUGAAACCGGCGGCACCCGUGUGGGAGCAGCUCUUGGCAGAUCCUUCCCAUUGUGCUGUUGUCAUUGGUUGAGUUUAAGCAGUUUUGUUUUUCCUUUUCUUUUUUAAAAUUACACAUGUAUUUAAGUUUAUCUUCACAUAUGUAAGUAUUCUUGUGUACAUAAAACCAGUAUUAGACCCUU